AUGUCGUUUAAUAAAAUAAUUGAAAUGUGUAUUAAACAUGGCUUCUUUAAACAAUUAAAUAAUGUGCAUUAUGGCUGUGAUCAAUUUUCUAUACAACCCACUGCUGCAUUACUUUUGGAAAAUUUAAGAAAAGAAUGGACUAAAAGUAUUGUUAUCAACAAAGAUGUAACUGUUGUAUUAAGUGGGGAAAUUUAUGAAGAUUCUUUAGAGUUUGUCAGUAGUUUGUGUUCUGAGAAACUUCCUUUUGGUGUUGCUGAAAUAAAACUCGAAGAGAAAAAUACUAAUAAAAAAUUUAGAAAUUUGACAGACUUUGCAAAUGAACCAAAUUUCAAAAAACACUUUGUAAUGAUGGACAAUUAUGGUAUGACCAGUAAUUUCUAUGUAUCACCUAAAGAUUCCACACAGUUUUUCCAUAAUUUCCAAAGGCAAAGAAGAAUGUGGUGGAGAAAGUUUUCAGCUGAUCCUGGUAGAUACUCAUUCUCAGAUUUGAGGAAUGCAGAUGAAUGUCAAAGUGUUGAUAUACUGUCUAAGUACAAUUGGGGUAAACAAGUCUUAGAGACAUUAACGUUAAAAAAAAUGUCCAAUAAGUCAAUACAGUUUAAGGACGGAAGAAAUACUGUAGUUCCAGAUUGUAUAAUCAGUAAAGCAAAUCUGAUAGAAAUGAUGGUAAAUACAGUAUGUGACGCAUACGACGAACCGAAGUUUCAAGGGAAACCUAGACCCAUGCUGCACUUCCAUCGAAAACUUGCACCAUACAAAAUCAGUUUCGCUAUUGAUUCUGCCAAAGCUGCUGGUGUUGCUGAGCUAAAAGACUUGGCUUUAUAUUUGUGUAGACAGUUAAGGGACAACCAUGUGUCCACUUUAUACAUACCAAGUAGUUACAGACAAAAAAUAUCAAGCUUAUAUCAACAGUUUGAUCAAAUGGGUGUACCUUAUAAUGUAGUUUUGACUGACAGCACUUUAAAGGAUGGUAUUGCAUUUUUAAGAAGUAGAGACACAACUUUAAAAGAACAGGUGCACGUUUCAGACAUUGUUAAAUAUGUGGAGAAGCUGUUUAAGAAUUAUUAGUUGUUAAUAAAUAGUUCUUUAGUA